CUGGUAGUAAUAAUCUUUGAAAAGACAGGGACGGCUGCGCUUCGAAGGCGACCGACCGAAAUAGACGGAGUUGGGCACGCGCCGGUCUCGCACUCCUGCGCACCACAAAGGAUCAAUGGAUCAUUCUUAAUUUAAAACGUUAUUGGUCUCUCUCACAUCGGUAGUGGUGGAGUGAAAUGGUGUUAUAAUUAUAUUAGAGUUAUUGUUGUUUGGUUUACUUUUCACGAUGUGGGACUGUGUUGUGUGUUUUUGUAUAUUAUUGGUAACCUUACCGGGAUGUGUAUACGCGGGGUUAUCCGAAGAGUUGGCGGAGACCACCCAGCUGUGCUGCGGACAGGGCACCAGGUACGCCCGCAACCACACGUCAGAGGAGUGUUCCUCGUCAGUGCCACCAGACGUGACGCCCACCUUCGGCUCCUUGUGCAUCUUCGCGAUGGACCAGUGCUGCAAGGAGUACUUCCAAAAAAAGGAGAACUGUGAAGAUGGCGCUACGAUUGCAAGCAAAGGCAAUUGCGACUCUGCAUCUGGUUUUACUAAGAGUUGUUGCACAGAGUGUUUGAGAGGUAAAGCCGCUGGUUCGACUCUGGGCGAUUCUGUGUGUGCUUCCAAAGCGAGGAGCAACAGUCCUGAGGAGUUGCUGGCUGGAGACGCUUACGAGGCCUGCUGUAAGAAAGCAGCCCAGGAACCUCCAGAGGAACACAGCGAAGAACCGAAUACUACCACUAAAAAGCCUUCGAGGGUACUGCCCUCCCUCUGCGAGGAUUAUGCUCCUAACGAGCUGUGCGCCCACCAUUGUAUCCCAGUGCCAGGCUCCUAUAAGUGCGAAUGCAAUCCUGGAUUCAAACUCAUGGCUGACGGCAGGAAUUGUAUAGAGAUUGUGAAGAAUAGGUGCAAGCCCCGUAAUCAUUGUCAGCACAAAUGUAACGACAAUGGCUUAGAAGUGAAAUGCUCUUGCCGUAGAGGGUACGAGCUCAUGCCUGAUGGGAAAUCUUGUCAAGAUAUCGAUGAGUGCAAUCUGGAUCCCCCAGUUUGCCUCGCCGGUACACAGUGCCAAAACAUCCAAGGAUCAUACCGGUGCAUACCCACAAAACAUAAUAAAAGCCCAGAAAUAGGGCAGUGUCCACCUGGGUUCACGAGAAACAUUAAAAACAAUGCAUGCGACGACAUCAACGAAUGCGCUCUUCCCCGCCCACCUUGCCCUUUAUACAUCUGCGAGAACACAGUGGGGGGAUACAAGUGUGGUGGGGUGCCCGGCGAUCCUGUCAAUCUCGUCACUUCGGUGAAACCACCCACCGACGACCGAUGCCCGCCUGGGUUUAGAUCUGGUUACAACGAGGAAUGUGAAGAUGUGGACGAAUGCGCUAUCAGGAAAGAUGACUGCAACCACCUCUCUCAAUUCUGCAUCAACACCCGGGGCGGUUUCCACUGCCAAGACAAGGUGUCCAAGCACUGCCCUCCAGGAUUCAAGAUAAAUCCGAACACUAAUAGAUGUGAAGAUAUAGACGAGUGUGUAGACAGCGUUGACAUAUGCAGACCUGAUCAAGUUUGCAUCAACCAGUUAGGGCAGUAUGAUUGCAAGCUGAAAAGCACCUGGCGAAAGAGUCAGAUUUGCCCGGAUGGGAUGCGCUUGAAGCAAGGAACUUCGAUAUGUGAAGACAUCGACGAGUGCGUAGAGGGUACUCAUCUCUGCGACCAGUACCAGAACUGCCUAAACACCAACGGCAGUCACGAAUGCACCUGCAAGAUCGGCUUCGAGCUGGACAUCACGACGGGAGCAUGCGUCGACAUCAACGAGUGUGCGAUGGACCAGCACAGCUGUAUCGCGGAGACGCAGCGGUGUGACAACACCGUCGGAUCCUACCUCUGCAUCAGGUUCACUUCCUGCGGCACAGGGUAUAUCCUGCAUCACUCCACCGGCAAAUGCGAAGAUAUCGAUGAGUGCGCGCUGGGCACGCACAACUGCGCACGCGCCGGUUCCGAGUAUCACUGCGUCAACUUGCCGGGCUCCUUCCGCUGCGUACGGAAGCGUAGCACUACUACUACGUCCACCACGCCAAUUCCCGAAUACGAAUACUAUUACGACUCGGAAGAAGAAAUAGAAGGCAAUGAAACGAGUCCACAAACGGCAAGUCAGCCGGAAGUUAAAUCUUCUACAACUACGACACUCAAGCCUGAAGCUCCGAGUUCACCGACCAUACCCACAACACAAACUACUGAACCACCCCCGCAACGAAAAGAUUCUCAUAGAACACCAAAUGUACCUGAUGGAAACGAAGACGAUAGAACUAACGAAAUUGUUCCACCAUCGCCUGUUGAACCAAUAUUGCCUGAAACAUCCACAACUAAGUCGAAAUCAUCAGAAAGUCCACAGCCCAUACCGACUGAAGCAACACAACUAACAACUGAAGAAGAGCCACAAGAUCCUAUAAUUGAUUUUGGAAAACCUGAUGAGCCUAGUUUUACACCAAACCCACCGCAGCCAGAAAAUCGAGAUUUCUAUGAUACUAGGCCAACAGAAACGAGUCCUUAUGAACCACCUAGUAUUAAUGAAUCAUUACCCGAUUCCAAUGAACAAAUACAACCUGAAACAACAAACUCUCCAAUAUCAUCGACUUUACCGCCAAUAGCCAUUCAACCUUCUUUAGUAUACGUGGAAGUAGGCAAAGAAACUGCUACAGUGAAAGUGCAAAAAGAGGAUGAUGGUUCUGUCGUUAUAAAUACUAAAGACGUGCCUAAGAAUGAGUGGACUAAAGUUAAUGAGAAGCCGACAAAUUGUCAAAUUGGUUUCGAAUUGGACGAAUACGGGGCAUGCUAUGACAUCGACGAAUGCGAAUCAAACAGACAUAAAUGCUCAGGUCUAACUGAAGUUUGCAGAAACACAAUGGGAGGUUAUCUCUGCGAGUGUGCUCCAGGUUUCCGCAGAGACCUUUAUACCGGAGCUUGCGAUCUAGUAACUUCAUCCACAUCUACCACAACCAGUACUACGCCAGCUCCUACCACAACUCCUGUAUAUUACUUCUGGGGCUAUCCGGAGUACCGUCCAGCAACAGUGAGACCGUUCAGGCCCAGAAAUCUCUGUGAUGCUGGAUUCCAUCUCAAUUCGCAAACCGGGAAAUGUGAGGACGUGAACGAAUGCGUGAAUGGACAAGCGAAUUGUGCAACGGUCGAGAUAUGCGUCAACACCGAGGGCGGAUACAGAUGCGAGUGCCCGCCUAACUGGCACAUUGACGAGUUCCAACAACGCUGCGUGCCCAACAGGACCCACGAUCAAUUCCCCGUAGGAUACGGAAAUCAACCUGUGUACACCUCGGUGGGAGAUCCAGUAAUACCGCAGUUCCCUCAAGGUGAAAUUAAGGGUACUAACUACAUAGACCCGGAGAUCACACCGAUUGAAAACAGAGGAACUGUCAUCAGAUGUCCGUGGGGUUACAGGCUCGGAGACGACAGUAUAUGCGCGGAUAUUGACGAGUGUGCAACGGGUGAAGCCAAUUGUGGACCUCUUCAAAUAUGCACGAACCUGCCUGGCGGGUACACCUGCAGCUGCCCGUCAGGACACAGGCUCAGCGGAGAUCAUGAGUGUGAAGACGUUGACGAGUGUGCGCUGGCUGGGCGUAAUCCAAUUUGCUCCCAGAAUGCUGAUUGCAUAAAUACCAUAGGCUCCUACCAAUGCAGGUGCCAUGAAGGAUUUCGAUCAGCGCCUAUUAACGAUAAGGUUUGUGUCGACGUGGACGAGUGUACUGAAAACAGAGCUGGCUCUCUUUGUGAACAGCGUUGCAACAAUGUUUGGGGAAGCUACCGGUGCUCGUGUCACAGGGGCUACAGACUGAAAGCCGAUAAUAGCACCUGCGCUGACAUCGACGAGUGUACCGAGUUCAAAUCCAAGGUCCCGUGCGUGGGCAAAUGUUUCAACCAACCCGGCAGUUAUCGGUGUGACUGUCCUUCUGGUUACAGACUGUCAGAGGAUAAGAGGAGCUGUAUCGAUAUUGAUGAGUGUGAGACCGGUAUAGCUCCGUGCGCCGAGUCCGCUUGGACAGGAAGUGGAACUAGUGACGUGUGUCUCAACACACGGGGCGGAUACCGCUGCCAUCGGAUCAACUGCCCUCCUGGAUACCGGCUCGAGUCUAAGCACCGGUGUUCCAAAGUGGAGCGAGUUUGUCCCCCAGCUGACUGGGAGUGCGCCCACCAACCCUCCACUUACUCGUACAACUUUAUCACCUUCGUGUCCAACUUGUACAUACCAGCUUCUAAGGUUGACUUGUUCACGAUGCGAGGUCCUACGUGGGCGUACGCUCGGAUAAGUUUCCAGCUGCGAUUGAUCGACGUGAACGCACCGCCCUCCGUGAAGAAUAAAGCUGACAUCAACAGUUUCUUAUUAUCACAAACGGGCAAUCAGGGAGUGGUCUCCUUAGUGCGCUCUCUCGAAGGUCCUCAGAGCAUAGAACUGGAGCUGAUGAUGGACCUCUACAACAGAGACCAGUUCGGGGGAAUCGCUGUAGCCAAAUUGUACAUUUUCGUGUCUGAGUACGAUUUUUAAAACACCAUUUUACGGAUUGUGAAUUUCAAAAGGAAUGUCGACUUGGUUAUACCCAAUGUGGUUUUUAAUUACUAACCAACCUACAAUAUAUGAUUCGAUUAUGUAGGACGACUUUUUUAUUUCUAAAAACUUCUAAAAGACUUCAAUAAAUUGACUUCAAAAUUUUUAUUUCGAUAAUUUAAAUAAUAUAACAAGGUAUUUUUACUGCCUGUGUCUUUUUUCGGAAUUAAACUGGAUAUUAAAAAUGUUAAAUCCUUAAUUCUACUACAGUAAAUAUACUUACCUAUCAAUAUGUAUAAUUUUUUGUAGCCAAAUGAUGCCUUGUUAAAUUUGUAUAAGUACAAUGAGGAGAGCUUUGAAAUCAGUGCAUUCUAAUAAGAAUUUGUGGAAAUUGUCGAGUCGAUCAUUUUGAUGAUGAGUGUUAAUACCGAUUGAAGAUUAAUUUUUGAAUAAUAUCCUGUCCUUAUUUACUAGAAGGUAAAAUUUAAGUUGCUUUAAAUUGGUACUUAGGUCUCAAAUUCUAUAAUGUUCCUUACGUCUCAUUAUAUAAAAAGGAGAUGGUAUGAAUUGUCAAAUUACUUUAAAUUUACCUACUAAUGAAUAUCAGUAUUGUGAAGGAACCUCUAGAGACGAUAUUCCAUUGCGGUCAAAUUUGAAAAAUCAAUCGAGUUUCCUUUUAUUAUCAAAAUCAUGGUCAAACGAUUCUAGCCUUAGUGGUAUACUUAAAAAUAAUUUAUAAGGCUGUACUUUUAAAAUAUUAAUUUUGUAUGGUUGUAUUUUAAAAAGUUGUGAUGUAUCAUAAUUAUCAUAAGUUAAGCUCUGAAUGUGUUCUAUCACCAAUAAAUUGUCUUACUCAAUAAUUAUAAUUUUGACUAUUUCACAAAUUCAGUAUUUUUAUAUAAAGUAUAUUUUACAAUAAUGAUGAUAAGCAAAAUGAUAGCCGUAAAAUAUUUUUUAUGGUAAAUAAAAUGAUCCAAGUACUUAAUUCUGAAAUGGUUUUAUUUUUUUAAAUUCUACAUGUUUAAGGUUUGUACUAUCCGAUGUUAAUAACGACAAUACAAUUAAAUAAUGAACAAGAAAUAUAAAUACAAAAUCUUUGCCAUUGUUAUUUUGGAAUGAUUUUCAAUAAAAAGGCCAAAUUACAACUUAUUUUUAUAUUAUAGUAUUAUAAGUUAUUUACGGGAUUGUUA